AUGGCACGCACCAAAGCCACCAAGAGAAAGUCCACGGAGCCGCCGCUCGUAACGGUGACGCGUUUCUACCUGCCACUGGACCAGGAGUGGCCGAUGUGGGAUCUUAUGCCGGAUCUUUACCAUGCCGAGAAGAAGGUUUAUGCUGGCCCGCUUGAGGUUGUGGAAGGCACUGGUGGCUUAAGGGUCGGCAGAAUGAUUGACAACCCAGAGCAGGCCGCCUACUUUAUAGAAUGGCGGGAACUGGAAUAUUUCAAACGCUUUCAAUCCUCUCCCGCCUGCACCGAGUUUCUACGCCAACUUCCCGAAUCUAGGGCUGCAGCCUCGGCCGUCUCCAAUAUCAGCAGCCAACUAGAGCACCUAGGCUUAGACGACGCCUCUGGGUCGUCGACAGAAACAUCUCGAUUUCUCUUUCUCAAGCCUGCUUUCUAUGCACGAUCGCCAAUAGACGGGGUUAUGACUUUUACGGCAUUUCUCCUACCGGAAAUAAUGGACUCCAGCGCAUUGAGACAGCUACAUGAUUUGUUGGGAAAUAUGCCUUCUGGACCUCGGGUCUCGUACGACAGUAACGCGAGGUGGCCUCCUGACCUGGCACUAGGCUUCUCUGUUCUUGAGGAGGAUCGAUGGGCCCAAAACAGUUUCGGCGCACAGCCCCGGAACGAUAGCUGCGGCCGAGCCAUCUUUUGCCACGUGUUUCUCUGGUCGAACCGCUACAGGGAACCCCUCAAACAGGAGCAGGCUGCGGCGGCAGACCUGACAACGCAAAAGAUGCGACAAAAGCAGAUUGCAAAGAUAAUGCCUCCCGCUAUAGCAUACGUGCAGGAGCGCUGGAAUCUUCGGAUGAUACCACACUUUUGGACCGCGGAUAAUGAGACUGAAUCGGAAGACGAUACUUCGCAAUCCAGUGAGUGUACCAGAGUAACCAGCACAAUCAGGAGAUAG